CCUCAUCAUGGUGCUCUCCAUGGGAGUGGGACUGCUCAUCUGGAGAAGACAAUGCGGCUACAGCAAAGCUUCUCAGGAGGGAGACGAGGAACUUUACUUCCAGUUUAAGAUCCCCACACGGAGAACCUACAUCGACCCAGAGACCUGCGAGGACCUGCUGCAGGCCGUGCACGCCUUCGCCAAGGAGCUGGACAACCAGAGCAUCAAGAUAGAGAGAAUCAUGCACACAGGUGACUUCGGGGAGGUGUGCCGCGGCUGCCUGAAGCUGCCCAGCAAGAGAGAGCUGCCGGUGGCCAUCAAGACGCUGCGGGCCGGCUGCUCCGACAAGCAGCGCCGCGCCUUCCUGAGCGAGGCCGGCAUCCUGGGACAGUUCGACCACGCAAACAUCCUCCGGCUGGAAGGCGUCAUCACCACCGGAAACACCAUGAUGAUCGUAGAGGAGAGCAUGGCCAACGGAGCCCUGGACUCCUUCCUCAGGAAACACGAAGGCCAGCUGAGCUCCAUGCAGCUGAUGGACAUGCUGACCGGGGUGGCUUCAGGGAUGAAGUACCUCACUGAGAUGGGCUUCGUGCACAAACGGCUGGCAGCCCACAAGGUUCUGGUGAACUCCAACCUGACCUGCAAGGUGUCCGGCUUCAGACCCCUUCAGGAGGACAAGAUAGAGGCCAUCUACACCACGCUGCACGGAGGGAAGAGCGUGGUUCUGUGGACCGCGCCGGAGGCCAUCCAGUACCACCGCUUCUCUUCAGCCUCCGACGUCUGGAGCUUCGGCAUCGUCAUGUGGGAGGUCAUGUCCUACGGAGAGAGACCCUACUGGGACAUGGGCACGCAGGAUGUGAUUAAGGCCAUCGAGGACGGCUUCAGGCUACCAGCUCCGGUCAGCUGUCCUCCACAUCUCCACCAGCUGAUGCUGGACUGCUGGCAGAAGGAGCGCACCGAGAGGCCCAGUUUCAGCCAGAUCCACUCGGCGCUCAGUAAGAGCAUCCGGUCUCCGGAUGGCAUGGGCUCAUCUACGCUGGCCCGCAGAACCCUGAGCUCGUCCAUCACCCUGGCCGAGCGGCCGCUGCCCAGCUUCCCGUCCUUCAGCUCAGUGGGAGAGUGGCUGGACGCCGUGGACAUGGGCCGAUACAAGGACAACUUCACCGCCGCCGGGUACUGCUACCUGGAAUCUGUGGCCCGGAUGACCGUCCAGGACGUCCUGAGCCUCGGCAUCACCUCUCUGGAUCACCAGAAGCUGAUCCUGGCCGCCAUCCAGACGCUCAGGGCGCAGGUGAUCCAGAUGCACGGGCGGGGGGUGCAGGUCUGAGCGCCGGACUCGCCCAGCCGGGCUGCAGCAGCGCACCUCCAGGUGUGCAGGCGGAGCCGCCGAAGGAGCUCGUCCACCGGAGGAAAGGCGAGCAGAUGAUCCACUCCAUCCCUUCAGCCCUUCUUCCCGUUAACAGAGGAGAUGCGUGGUGAGACUCCAGGGGGGGGGGGGGGGAGUCACGGGACUUUUUGUGAAUCUGGAGCCGCUGGCCCUGCAGCUCCUUUACUUUAACCUGCUGGGAGACGAAGCUGCCGCCAUCCAGCGCCGGUGCGACCCAAUGAAUGACUGGGAGGAUGCCACAGCUGCAAGUGUGGGCGGAGCCUAAGCAGGUGGCCACGUUCUCCUGAUGUUUCUGUGGGCGGAGCCUCAGCAGGUGGCCACGUUCUCCUGAUGUUUCUGUGGGCGGAGCCUAAGCAGGUGGCCACGUUCUCCUGAUGUUUCUGUGGGCGGAGCCUCAGCAGGUGGCCACGUUCUCCUGAUGUUUCUGUGGGCGGAGCCUAAGCAGGUGGCCACGUUCUCCUGAUGUUUCUGGCCAAUCAGACCAGCUGGUGGAACUGCUCUGUUGUUGGCUUUUCUUUUCCUCCUCGGUGCUUCUCCUGGUUUUCCUUGUGCUGGAUGUCUUCUGGGUCACAGAAUCCCCCCGAUGUCAACGUUUACGGGCACAUCUCAAAAACUUUAGAAUGUCGUGAAAAUGAAACCCUUUCUGUCCCUCAUUUCAGAGAGUGAAGCUCAUUUAUAGAUUUAUUAAACAGAUGGAAACAAUUCAAGUCUGAUCUCCUGUAAUUUGAUGAUUCUGGUUCAGAGAA